UCUGCAUUGUUGCAAUUCUCUUCCCCUCUCUCUGUCUAGGUGUACUUCUGGGCAUAUAAUGUAUGUUUAUAAUGAUAUUGGUACAAUUUCAUAAUGCUUCAUGUAAUGCUGAAUUGCUAUGGCAAAUGUGCCAAUUUUCUUUUUUUCGUCAGCUCUUACUAUGUCUUCUUAGCUAAAGUCCAGGAAGAGAUUGACUGUGUGGUUGGCCGACACCAGAGCCCCUGCAUGCAGGACAGGGGCAGCAUACCCUACACAGAUGUCGUGGUGCACGAGAUCCUGAGAUACAUUGAACUCGUCCCCAUUCCCCUGGCCCAUGACGUGACCCGUGAUAUUAAAUUCAGGAACUACCUCAUCCUCAGGGGCAUGACGAUAUUCAUUUCAUUGUCUUCUGUGCUGUACGACAACAAAGAAUUUCCCAACCCAGAGAUGUUUGGCCCUGGUCACUUUCUGUAUGAGAGUGGCAAGUUUAAGAAGAGUGACUACUUCAUGCCUUUCUCAGCAGGUAAUAGAAAUUUAUAUUCAUCUGUAAUUCAGAGAACAGUAUACCUAUAUGAGAUCAGUUGGGGCUUGCAUGGUGCCUACUCUGGGCCUGGUAGCAUUGCUACUUGUACAUGAUCAGGAGUACCACUCCCAGUGCCAUGUGCUUUCCCAUUCAUGAAAAAUCCUCAUUAUUGGGCCAGAGCA